AUGGCCGCCAAUAUGCCACAAAUGGGUGGUGGCGGCGGUGUAAGGCAGCGACCGCCCCACCAACAACUGUCGCAUCUGGUGUAUACGCAGAUAAUGGCACAGACCAUUCAGACUGGUGGCUGGCAAGACCAAGUACAGGUCAAUUUACGUGUUAGCAACGCGAUGAAUCUGAUCUCCAACUCUUUCCUCGCCAUGCCAGCUCUAGAUUCCCAGCAACUGGUUAACCACGGGCUAUCGUAUGAACGAGACGCCUUUCUAAAUUCACCUGACAAAGGAACUUAUGACCAGAAGAUAAAUAAUAAGGUUCAAGACCUUUUCAAGCGACGACAAGCGCAUGAGCAAAGUCUUCAGAACAGCUUGAAUGCCCAAGCCGCGGCGGCACAAGCACAAGCACAAGCACAAGCCCAAGCCCAUGCCCAAGCACAAGCCCAGGCCCAAGCCCAGGCCCAAGCUCAGUCACAACAAAUGAUGAUGAACCCGAAUAUGAUGCCUAGAGGUAUGGGACAAAUGCCGCAGCAGGGCUUCCAGCAUCUACAACAACAGAUGCAGCCCUCACCAAUUCACCAACAGCCUCACCAGCCGGGAAUGGAUAUGGGGGGCCAAGGGGGACUUCCAAUGAAUCCCAAUCAGCAGCCGAUGCAGAUGGGCGUAGCGCAGAUGCGUCCUCAAAUACCGAUGAAUGCUACCUUGGCAAGUUUACCGCCUCAAGAGCGAGCUAAAAUCAUGCAACUGGCUCUGUCGAAAUUGAAUCAGGCCUCGGAGCCUCAGCGAAACGCCUUGCGUGCAAUGCUUCAUCAAAGAUUCCCCCCGCAGCAGAUAGCGCAGCUACGGGCCGAAAAUCAGGACCCUCUGCUAUUCCUUUUACAACUCCAGCUGCUACAGGCAUAUAAGAGUCAGGGGGGUGGCAACGGCGGCGGAAACCAAGCCGCAUUGCAGAUGCAGGCCCAGCAGCGGCAGAUGAGUCAGCCUGGACAACCGAUGGUCGGAGUCCCGAAUAGCGAAUUUGGGCCAUUUUCAAACGUCGAAAGCAUAAUGAAUCAGCAGAAAGCGGGUCUACUCGCCCAAGAAGCUGGACAUGUGGUGGUGCCAGCGAGUAACGGACCCGGUCGAAACGCCACCCCUCAGCCUAUGGGCGGAAUGCAAGGCCCUAACCCCGGAAACCACCCGGGACCCAACCAGCCUGGCAUCCCUAACCAGAUGCCACAGCAUUUCAACCAUCCGCAGGCUCAGCAGUUGAAGAUGGAUCAACGGGCGGCCCAGUCGCAGGCGCAGAUCCGAGCGCAGGCCCAGGCUAAGCAGAUGCAGGGUCAGCCUGGCGGAUUAAAUGGUGGUGCCAUCUCUCAGAGUCCCGGCAUGAACACCUUGAAUACUCCCGUUCGCCGUACUCCAGUCAUGGGCCAGCCGGAAGGGCAACCGCAAAUGGGUCAGCCCAACGGACCUUUCAGUCAAGGGAUGGACCCGCGCUUUAGUCAAGGUAACCAGCGACCGCAGAUGGGAAAUGUCAUGCCCAAUCCUCAUAUAUUGAACGUCAUCCUCUCCCAGAUGGCUCCUGACCAAAGGAGUACCUUCUUGGCCUUGCCGCAGGAUAAGAAAAACGAGAUGAUCAUGAAAUGGACCGUUAAUUCGGCUGCCAGAGCUGUGGGGAUGGGCCAAACACCUGGACGUGGUCAACCUCAGCCGGGCCAGUUCGGGCAGGGUAGCCCCAUGGCCCAAUUCAGUCCAGGCAAUAGCAAUAUGGGCCAACCCCCAAAUCCUGCCAUGCAGAUGAACCAGAAUCAAAUGAUGUUUCAGCAGCAGAUGAACAGGAUGAGGAAUAACAUGCAACCUCAAAAUCAAAUGCCCAUUCCUCCCAACGUGAGCGCGUUUAUGGAGAACCUCGAUGUGCCUACAAGGAUACUGGAUCAGUUAAAGCAAAACCACCCGGUGCCACCGGAAAUCAAAAAGUGGUCUCAGCUGAAGCAGUGGCUAAGCGAGAAGAACGCUAGCCCACAGACCAUGCACCAACUUCAGCAGUUCCAGAACGCACAAUUCCAACAAAUGAUGAAGCAGAGGAACGCGGCGGCAAAUAACCAGAUGGCUCAGCAGCCGAACAUGCCCCAACAAGGACCGCAAAUGCCCAAUGGACAAAUGCCGAUGCAGCCAGGUGCUAACAUGGCUCCCUUUGCGGGCAUCACGAUUACUCCCGCCGAACUGCAACAGGCUAAGAAUCACGAUAAAUUCAAAGGCUGGCCUGAGGAGAAGAUCAAAGCCGCUCUCAUGCAGAUGAAGAUGGGCCAGAUGAGAGCCAAGGCAAACGGACAGGCACCCAAUGCCCAAAUGCAGACGCCUCAAACCACGCAGCCACCUAACAAUAACCUCACGGUAUCUGCUCCGCAACCAACCCCUACCAACAACCUCCAAGCUCCCCAACAACAACGGCCGCAAAAUGCGGGACCAGAUGUCAAUUCAACGGGUUCCACGGUACCUGCGAGGAAUGGCCGGCAGCUUCAAAAUAACCGUCCUCCCCCCCCAGCAAACUCGGUCGCCCCUCAGAAGAAUAGCCUAAAGCGUGCGAGUACGGAUGACUUGGCCGACGCGUCGAGCACACCGGUUCAGCGUCCGGCGUCUCAGCAAGCUCAGGUUACCGGACCCCUACCAACCGGUCUUCCCUCCCCAGCUCAGCUUGCUGCUCUCCCGCCUGAACAAAGAAGUAAAUAUGAAGCUAUGAUGAGAUCUAGACAGGUGGCAAUGGCUGGAGGCGCUGGUGCGCAGCAGCCGCAAAUGUUGGAGGCUAUGCAGCAUCUGAAAGCUAUUGGACAAGAAGAACACAUAAAUGCGGCUAAGGAGCCUUACCACGAAAUUCCUAUGACUCCCGAGCAGUAUCAAGAUAUGGCCCAGAAGAUCCAAUCUAUGGUCAACGAAAUGGGCAAGGUUAGCAAAAUCUUAGGACGAUGGUAUGCUCUGACGCGAGAUGAUAACCGCGCCAGAAUGUUCUUUAAAAUGCGACUCCGUCUAGGCAAGCAAUUUGCAGAUGGGGAGAAGAUGACGACGCUCAAAAAGGCGUUCUCAUUGAGACCGCACGAGCUUGACGGCGUGAGAGGGAUGCUGGAGGGCAUGGCUAGGGACGUGGCCAACCAGUUUCCUCAGGUCAUGAAGAGAAACGCUACUCAACAGCAACACCCCCAAGAAUCAGGAUCUCAACAACAAGGGGCUGGUGAAAAUACCGCAACGCCGCCGACGGGAGCGCCAACUCCGUUAAAUGCUGCUAACCUCGAGAAGCAAAAUGCGGCGAUGAAUAAAAUACAUUCAAGAGCUACUAGCAAGAGCGGGCAAACACCGGCUGCGCCAACUAACGCCCACCCUCCGUUCCCCUUUGGGGCCCAGUCGCCCAACGGUCAACCCACGUAUGCUGGGAAACCUACUGUUACCCAAGCGGACCUCCAACUGCCCGCUCGCAAGCGGCCUAGAACUAGCGGGCAGCAUGGGCUUGGCUCCGGCGGCGCCAGCGCAAGCUCGUCUCCCCAAGUCCAGAAGGCAUCGUCUCCAGAGUUGGUCAAGCGACAAGCAGAGAAUACUGCCCAUAAGUUAGCAUUCUAUUGUCCCGAGCCGAGCUGCGAGGCGCAUCGCACCGGUUUCGCUACGGAAGAGGCUCGACGAAGCCAUUACGAGGAGGAGCACGUGAAACCCUCGCAAAAUCCAUUGAAGUUUGCUACCGAGAGCCUCGCUUUUGCGUUCGGAUUAGAUGCGGAUGGCCACCCGAAAGCACAACCUAUGGGACAUGAUCCCUCGAAGCAGGGUCAAACCCCCGCAAGCCGAGCCGAGGCGACGCCGAUGUCCCGCGAACCGUCGAUGAAGAGACAAGGUAGCGCGGGAGGCGCCAAGCCGACCGACUUGGUUAAAGCGGUAGCCGCGAAGACUGGCACACCGAAGCCCGACUCCGGGACCCAGAGUGGAGAAAAUACCAUGGCAGGUGCGAAGAUGUCUGGCAUGGACGGGACUUGGCCGAUGGCAACCAUAGAUCCGCAAAAUCUUCUCCAGGUGGGAGGUAUCGAGAGCGGAGGAGGGGGAGCCAUCUUCGACAUGAACGUGUAUCGGGCAAUAACGCCAAAGGACACACCCGGAUCGAGCAAGGAUAGUGCGGGCUCCGAGCCGAACAGCGACGUCUCGGAAGGUGUAGCACUUAGUGUGCAGCUAAAUAUGGGCCUUGACUUGUGGAAUCCGUUUGGAGGAGGACCGAAUGCGGACAUGAAUGCGGACAUGGACACUACCGAACUGGGCUUCGGCGAGGUGGACAUGGGUUAUACGGAUGAACAUGCAACGCAACUGAUCUCAUGGGACGACGUGAGCCAUGAAUUUGCGAAGGAAUAUGAAUUGUCAUUAGAUACGGGUAUGUACUCGCUUGAUACGGCGUGA